UAGACAGAUAGAGAGAGAAAGAGGGAAAAAAGAAAGGGAUACAGAGACGCGACAUAACAUAACGCGCGCGAUUCCGCGCUCGCGCGCGCUCGCCUACGCACACACGCUCUCGGAUUGAUAAACUGUAUAUUUGCUCUCACUCGCGCACAGAUUCGGAGCACGCGUGGAGCUGUGACGGACAACCACGACGUCUUCUUCUCGCAUUUCGCGUCGAGAGGUGAGAAGAGGAAUUUGGUAAUUUCAGCGUGUAGCCGCGCUUCUUCUUCUUCUUCUUCUUCUUCGUCUUCCUCCUCCUCCUCUCGUUGACGGUGCCCCAGGUAUAUAUACUUGACCGAACCGACCGGUUGGUUGGCGAAAUCCCAUGCGAGACGAUCGUAUACGCGUAGCUUCCUUCCACGGUGGUGGUAAUGGUGAUGGUGAUGGUGAUUACUAGUGGUGGGUUGGUGGUGGUCCAUUCCGCAACACCUAGUGUUGCCGGCCGGUGGCAUCUGUUAUCGGGAUAAAAAAAAAGGCGGGAAGGAGGAUAUACCUUUCUUGUAUCAGCCGGCGCGCAAACGGCUCUAUCGAGAGCAAGAAACGCGCCAGGCACACACUUAAUCGCUGCUACUAAUCCCCUGUACUAGCUGAGAAGAGACUAGAAAGAGGGACAUAGAUUGGGGAGAUCAUUAACACGUUUAUACGGGUCUCUAACAUCGUCUCUCGCUCCGUCGAGAGAGAGACAGAGGAGAGAGGAAGCUUAAGAGGCUUAAUUGAUCAAAGCGUGAUCGAGAACACGACAAUAUUCUAACCAUAAUAAUUACGUUGAACGAUACAACCGCAGGCGAGGACACGCAGUGCGGCACCGAGGAUUCUGCCAUCGCCCAGGGAGGCGACCCGCUCCAGAGGAUGACGAUGGACGGCAUGGAAGUGGUGGGCUCGCAACCGCACGCAGCCACCAGCCCGUUUCUGCUUUCAUCGCCGCCCCUAGGUCACCAUCAUCAUCAUCAUCACGCGACCUUCAAUCUGCAGACGGUGCAGCUCAGUUUUGACGCGUGUUUACCUUACAAUGCGGCCUCCACCUCGUCCGGCUCCUCGGCCACCUGCGGCAUCGGCGGGACACCCGUGACUUGUGCCAAUUCGUCGUCGUCCACCAGCUGCAGCAAGAUCAUACCGACUCUCUCCCUGUCCUCCUGCGUGCCCUUACACGCCCAGCUUCAAAUCAGCCCGAGCGACUCCUCGGAGCACAAUCAUGUUCGGCAGCAGCAGCAUCAUCAUCAGCAUCAGCAGCAUCAUCAUCAUCGGCUGGACGAGCAUCAGCAUCACUUGCACGCCGACGCAUCGUCACCAUCUGUCGACGCUACGGAUGGCAAGAGACACCGACAGCCCGAUGACGACGAUAAGGGAUGCAUCAGGAACUGCAGGAGCGACAUUCACGAUUCCAACGAUAAGGAUAAACCUGGGGAUUUAAACCCGGUCACCACCAGCAGCGACCUACCCUCUUUCUUCGGCCCUUCCGCACUUGUCGAACCGCCACCGAUCUCAGGCAGCCUGGCGGGUGAGGAUCUUUCCUUGGAAGAGGCGACCGCGGAGGAGGACGAAAAUGGCGCGUCCGCCGGCAGAGAUCACCGACACCAUCACCAUCAUCAGCAGGACACGCGAAACACGUCGAACGCGCCUUCCUCGAGUCCACCGUCGCGCCACCAUCAAACCCAGGACGAAACGGAUCGCUGCAACGUGUUGCAAGGUGGUGUAAUUUUAUACUCCUCACCGCAUUCCACGUCCACCGUGCCCGCGACGAGCGUGAACAUCUGCAACGUCCCGACGUUGACCUACCGCGGCGUUUUCACCACGACUUGCACGCAGUCCUCGCCCCUGAACAACCUUCAAGGCGAGCAGCAGCAGCAGCAGCAACAGCCAACGACGCAGGAAUUGUGGGCGCCUUUACCCUCGCCAACCUUAACCUUAACGGGUCAACCGUUCCUUCACCCCAACCUUCACUCGACCGCGUACAGCGGCGAGACCGUCGAAUUGCUGCAGGUCGAUUCGAAGCCGCCACCUCCGCCACCCGGUUACCACGACACGCCAACUACUACUCCAGCGGGCUGGCUGACGGGUCACGAGGAGGCUUACGAUCCCGGUCUCCUCUCUCACCAUCACUCGCACACUCAUCAUCAGGAAGCGACGUUGAAGCAGGAGCCAACCGGCACACCCGGUUACAACACUCCUAGCGUGCAACAGUCUCAACCAGCUCAGGCGCAAGCUCAGCAACAACAACAACAACAACAACAACAGCAACAACAACAACAAGCUCGACCGCCUAAUGCUGGCUCCACGGGGAUCCAGUUGGCCGAGUACAAUCCGAGCACGUCGAAGGGCCACGAGAUCCUCUCGCAGGUCUAUCAGCAGAGCGCGCUGCCGCUUCAGCUGGUCCCGGUAAAGCCGCGAAAGUAUCCGAACCGGCCGAGCAAGACGCCGGUGCACGAGAGGCCGUACGCUUGCCCGGUGGACGGCUGCGAUCGCAGAUUCUCGCGCAGCGACGAGCUCACCCGGCACAUACGCAUCCACACGGGCCAGAAGCCGUUCCAGUGUCGCAUCUGCAUGCGCUCCUUCUCCAGAAGCGACCACCUGACCACCCACGUGCGUACGCACACGGGCGAGAAGCCGUUCUGCUGCGACCAGUGCGGGCGCAAGUUCGCCAGGAGCGACGAGAAGAAGCGCCACGCGAAAGUGCAUCUUAAGCAGAGGCUGAAGCGAGAGGCGUCGCACGCGAAUCCGAGGAGCCACCCUCAGAGCCACGCGUCCUCGCCCUGCAAUCAAUGAAUUCCACGAGCUACAACGACGUUGAAGAGGCCCCCUUGAACGUUCCGAGAUCUCAUUAUUACACUUGCGUCUCACGUUUCCGACAAAUUGUGAUCUGUGUCACCCUUUCUACCCCUCUGUCUCUCCUUCCUUCUCCUCUCUCGUGAUGACCGAUGAAGAAAACGCGGAGACCUUUAGACGGUCGAAACCGUCAUCGACUGAUCCGUCAUUUGUCGUCGGCUCAUCAGCUGUUUACGUUAAUCUUAUAUUGAGGAUGCAUGAUUGCAUGCAGCACGGAAGGAAUUUUUUGAAAUUGCACGCUGAACAAAAUUGUUAACUUGACUAAAUUGUAGUAUUUUGUUAAUUGAACAUAUAUUAGUAUUUAAGUGAAAUACGCGUUUUGUUGGAUUUAAUGUUAGAUUUAAUUUAAAUAUUAUUAUAUAUUCAAUUAAUAAGAAAAUAAUAUUUAGUCGAAAGGAUUUAGUCAGGUUGAACAAAAUUUGUUUCAGUGCAGAUAUCGUAUCUACGUAACGUAACUGUAAAAUAAAACAAUUUGCUCAUUUUAAGGAAAAUUGUUCGUGAAUCAGAAUAAGGAUUAAACGUUGCCACAUGUGUAGUUCUUAUUCAUAUAUACUGUGCGUAAGAACUUGGUUGUAUUUUGAGAUUUACCGUUGACUGAGACAAAAAACGUAUGAGAAUAUAUAGUUUAUUCACUGUACUCGCAAAAAAAUAAUCUUUCUCUCGCGUCACAUAGCGAAAAUUUAAAGUACUUAAAAUAUAUUAGAAGAGCAUUUACAAUCAUCCGGACAAAAACAGACGUAUUUAACCGCAACACGCACCGAAUGGAAUGGUUAAUUAUCAGAAUUACAUAGUAAUCCCAUUCUUAAACUAUGAAACAUUCUCUGCUUUACAUGUACUUUGUAUCUCUUAGCUUGUAUCCAGACACGAGAUAUGCGAAUACCACGAGAGCAUGGGCGUCCGCAGAGGGGGUUUUUCACCCUCUUGGAAUCAUUUAAAAAAUUCAUUAAAAAUCAUUAAUAUUUAUUUGCACAUUUAA